GGUGGUCAGUGGUGGCAGUGGCAUCGUAAGCCUUUCAACAAGUUACUACUUCAGUUACAGUUCAUUGAGGGAAAAAGAACAGAAAUGUUUCAUACGAAGCUUUGUGGUGGAUUUUAGGCAUGGCAUUUGCUAACAAACGACAUAAUGACACAAUGCAAGUACUACCACAAGAAAACGAGAGACAGAUGGAGGAUGAUUCUGUAUUUAACAUGAGUCAUCCAGGAGGACUUCCCAGUCUCCCGCUGGCCCAGGCCUCUAGUGAGGGACGUUCAGAGCUUUACCAAACUGUUCUUAGGCACAGCCAUCACCCACCCAUACUCCAGAACAGCUCUUGGACACUGGCUGUCCCUUAUAAGGAGCAACGUCACCAUCGCACCCCCAGUGAGUCCAUUGGUAACAACUACAGCCCCCAAGCUCGUGACCUGAAGAUCAGAAACCUACAGAAGAGACAUGGGACAGUCCAAGACUCAUUUCAGAAUGCAUUUGCAACCUCUGAGCAGAAGCAGAAACUUACCCCAGGAGGAAGGAAUCCUGGCACCUCGCACUUACCUAGAACUAAAAUCAGUCCCAGAGAGCCUUUGCCUCCCAUCAGCCGACCCCUGACCCCAAAACAGCAGCUAGACAUUAUGCAGAGCCAAGAGGAACAGACCUGGAGCUCUGGCACAGAACCCACAGAAAAAGACCUGGAGAGGUACAUGUACUACAUUCGUAACAGUGUUCAUGACCCGAUGCUGGCCCCCCAGCCCCUUGAGCAGAUGAAUAACAUUAUUAAGCUUCUGCCACCGGGCAGCAGGGAUAUGGAGGGACUGAUGGAAGACCUGCUAAAGGAGAUCCACAGAGACCACAUCUUCAGUCUCAGGAAGAGCAUAGUUGACUACAUCCUGAAGGACCCAUCAGAGAGGCAGCGUCUGUUCAUCUCUAACAUUCCCAGGCCUAUCCCCAGGAGAGUGAUCCGAGGGCCUGUUCCCUGGGCUUGCAGCUAUGACCAGGCCCGGACCUGGCAGAGCCAGCACCUCUUUACUGUCAACCCCAUGAUGGUUCACCUGCAGGACCUCUGGGUCAACAGUUUCUACUCCUUGAGGUUUGUGAAGCUGGACAAUCUUUUCUCAGCCAACCUCCCCCUGCUGCCAACUGAGUUUGAGGAUCUGGUUCGGAGACAGUGCCAAAUCACCAGAGAUGACCUAAUCAAUAGGUGGCUGCCACGCUGCCUAGCCCUGUUUGUCACCCACAAGGACCUGUGGUUGCCUCUGGUGCCCCAGAGUGACCGCGUGGCCCCAGUCAGUGCCCGGGAGUUCUUCUCCUGCGCGGCCGCCCUCAUGUCACUGCAGCUCCGCAGCCUGGUCAUCGCAUCCCUGCAGGACCUGCUCCAGUUCUUCACCCUGCACCAGGAUGGAAAUGACUUUGGCGAUGUGUUUGACGAGAUGACCUUUGUGCAGCGCCAGGUGCUGCUGGUCAAACUGAAUGUGGUGGAGCUGCGUAUCGUCUUUCAGCCUAGCCUCGAGGAAUGCUGGGAGCUUAUCCAUCACAGCUUCAUGGAGAUCGUAAAAAGUGCCCAGAAUCUUCCACGGGUGGAGUGUAACCUGUUCCCAGAUAUCCAGGGCCUUUAUCUGCGCUCGUUCAGACCCGACGAGCUUCUGGUCACAGACCUAAUCAACAGAGCCAAGAGCAUCUUCCAGAAAAACACACUGGGACCAAUAAAGUACCUGAACGUGUAUAAUAAGUACAGCAGCCUAUUAGACAACACUGCCAAGCAGGAUAUAGUUGCUUUCCUCAAAGAAAAACACUCCCUGCAAGGUUUUUCCAAGAAAAUCAACAGUGUUCAGCAGUUGUGGAAGGAGAUUGCCUCUUUGCACAUCACAGUACCCCUGUCACUGUUCUGUCUGGAUGCACUGAGGCUGAACGAGGACUUGUGUGACCGCGCAGAGAGGCUGAAGGACAGGCUCAUUGUCUUCGAGGUGGACGAGAACCGAGAGCUCAACAAAAGCAUCUGUCACCGCUAUGACAAGAUCGCAGAGACCAUCAUGGGAGCCACAGGCAACACGGAGGAGCUGGUGUCCCUGAACCAGUACCUGAAGCACACCAGUGAGGUGACGGUCCACAAGCUGAAGGACGAGAUCUUUGAGGCUGCCAGCCGCCUCAGCUUCCUCGUGGACUACUCCACACAGCUACAAGAGGAUGUGAAGUUGAACAGCACUGUGUUCCACUGGCCAGAGCAGAUCUUGGCAGUGAUUGAGAUGAGUAAGAGCCGUCUGGCUACCAGGAAAGAACAUGCAGAGGAUAAUCUCCUCAAGAGGAUAGCAGAGUAUGACCAGAUGUUGCACCGAGUGGGGAAGGAGGUGGAGGCCUUUAAGAAGAAGGAGUUCAUUAGUAUAGAAGAGAUGAAGAACAACGUGGAGAAGCUCAACGAGCUCACCUCCUGUCUGGACUCCGCCAUCACUGAACUGGAGGACAUCAACAAAGAGGAGACGCUGCUGGAGAAGGUGCCGAGCCAGUUCCCCAGGCUGCAGACCUUGAUAGGCUUCAAGCAGCCCUAUGACCAACUGUGGACCACCGCCCUCAACUUUCACAACAAGUCUGAGAUCUGGAUGAACGGCCCCUUCCUCCACCUGAACGCUGAGGAAAUCUCAGACGAGCUGGUCACAAUGUGGAGGACCAUGUACAAGCUGACCAAGUACUUCUCGGACCUGCCAGGGCCACGUCGCGUGGCAGACAGCUUCAAGAUAAAAAUAGACAAGUUCAAGCAGCACUUGCCCAUACUCACCACCAUCUGCAACCCUGGCAUCAAGGAUCGUCACUGGGACAAAAUCAGCGCCACUGUGGGCUUCAACGUCAAGCCAGAGGUGGACACCUCACUGCUGAACAUGGUGGAGCUGGGCCUUUCCAAGUUCUCAGACAAGCUUGAGGAAAUAGGGGCGUCUGCCAGUAAAGAGUACUCUCUGGAGAAGACCAUGGAGAAAAUGAAGAAUGAAUGGGCUGACCUCCGCUUUGCUUUUACUACCUAUAGGGACACGGGUACGAGUGUCAUAUCUGCUGUGGACGACAUCCAGGUUCUCUUGGACGACCACAUCAUCAAGACACAGACAAUGCGAGGGUCUCCUUUCAUCAAGCCAAUAGAGGCUGACUGUAGGCAAUGGGAGGAUAAGUUGUUGAUGAUGCAGGACAUCCUGGACUCUAUGUUGAAGUGCCAGGCUACCUGGCUGUACCUAGAGCCUAUCUUCAGCUCAGAAGACAUCAUUGCCCAGAUGCCCGAGGAGGGGCGAAAGUUUGCCAUCGUGGACCGAUAUUGGAAGGAUAUCGUCUCGGAGGCAGUGAAGGACACGCGUGUGCUGGUGGCCACCGGCCAGCCCAACAUGCUUGGUCGUCUCCAGGAGUCCAAUGUGUUUCUGGAGGAUAUCCAACGAGGCCUUAACACCUACCUGGAGCAAAAGAGGCUGUAUUUCCCCAGGUUCUUCUUCCUGUCCAACGACGAGUUGCUGGAGAUCCUGUCGGAGACCAAGGACCCCACGCGCGUCCAGCCGCACCUGAAGAAGUGCUUCGAGGGCAUUGCCAAGCUGGAGUUCACAGAGGACACAGAGAUUACCGGCAUGAUCAGCUCUGAGAAGGAGAUAGUACCCUUCAGCACCAUGCUCUACCCAGCCAAAGCCAAGGGUAUGGUGGAGAAGUGGCUUCUGCAGGUGGAGAGGAUGAUGGUGACCAGUGUCAGAGAUGUCAUCCACAAAGGAGUGAACCAGUAUGUCCAGGUCCCCAGGAAGAAGUGGGUGCUGCAGUGGCCUGGGCAAGUUGUGAUCUGCGCCUCGUCCAUUUUCUGGACCAGUGAGGUCUCCGAGGCCAUCGAGAACAAUACACUGAAUGCCUAUGUGGAGAAGAGCAAUGCCCAAAUAGCUGACAUUGUGGAGCUGGUGCGUGGAAAGCUGAACGGAGGGGCUAGAAUGACCUUAGGAGCUUUGACUGUCAUUGAUGUCCACGCUCGGGAUGUGGUAGCUAAGCUGGCUGAGGACCGUAUCUCCUCCCUGAAUGACUUCUCCUGGAUCAGUCAGCUUAGGUACUUUUGGGAGGACGGAGACGUUCGCCUGCGUAUGAUUACCACCACCGUCAAAUACGGCUACGAGUAUCUGGGCAACUCCGGCCGCCUGGUCAUCACCCCACUCACUGACCGCUGCUACAGGACACUGAUGGGGGCACUAAAGUUGAACCUGGGAGGAGCCCCUGAGGGCCCAGCCGGGACGGGCAAGACUGAGACCACCAAGGACCUGGCCAAAGCACUGGCUAAACAGUGCGUGGUGUUCAACUGCUCUGACGGCCUGGACUACAAGGCCAUGAGCAAGUUCUUCAAAGGACUGGCGCAGUCCGGGGCUUGGGCCUGCUUCGACGAGUUCAACCGGAUCGAAGUGGAGGUGCUCUCCGUGGUGGCCCAGCAGGUGCUGUGCAUCCAGCAGGCCAUCGCCAGGGACCUGAAGACCUUCAUGUUCGAGGGGACCGAGUUGUCCCUCAACCCCACCUGCUCCGUCUUCAUCACCAUGAACCCCGGCUACGCAGGCAGGGCUGAGCUCCCCGACAACCUCAAGGUACUGUUCCGUACGGUGGCUAUGAUGGUGCCAGACUACGGUCUGAUUGGUGAGAUCUCGCUUUACUCCAUGGGCUUUAUCGAGUCUCGCAGUCUUGCCGGGAAGAUUGUGGCCACCUACCGCCUCUGUUCGGAGCAGCUCUCCUCGCAACAUCACUACGACUAUGGCAUGCGCGCCGUCAAAUCAGUCCUGACUGCCGCAGGGAACCUGAAACUGAAGUACCCGAUGGAGAACGAGAGUGUUCUGCUGCUCAGGGCUCUGCUGGAUGUCAACAUGGCCAAGUUCCUGGCCCAGGAUGUGCCUCUGUUUCAAGGUAUCAUAUCAGAUCUCUUCCCUGGAGUGGUCCUUCCCAAACCAGACUAUGAGCUCCUCAUGGAGGCCCUGAACGACAACAUAACCAAGCUCAAGCUCCAGCCAGUGCCUUGGUUCAUCACCAAAAUCAUCCAGGUGUAUGAAAUGAUGCUGGUGCGUCACGGUUUCAUGAUUGUGGGAGACCCUCUGGGAGGGAAAACCUCGGCAUAUAAAGUUCUGGCUGGGGCUCUGGGGAAUCUGUCUGAAGCCGGUCUCAUGGAGGAGUUUGCUGUGGACUACCGGAUCCUUAACCCCAAGGCCAUCACCAUGGGCCAGCUGUACGGUUGCUUCGACCCGGCCAGCCAUGAGUGGUCGGAUGGCGUGCUGGCGGUCUCCUUCAGGGAGCAGGCCGUCUCCACUUCAGAAGACCGCCAGUGGAUCGUCUUCGACGGGCCCAUCGACGCCGUGUGGAUCGAAAACAUGAACACCGUGCUGGAUGACAACAAGAAGUUGUGUCUAAUGAGUGGGGAGAUCAUUCAGAUGAGCUCUAAGAUGAGUCUGAUCUUUGAGACUGGCGACCUGGAGCAAGCCUCCCCAGCAACUGUCAGCAGAUGUGGGAUGAUCUACAUGGAGCCUCAUCAGUUAGGAUGGACCCCUCUCAGAGACUCAUACAUGGACAGCUUGCCUGAGAGCCUCGGCCCUGAACACAAGGACCUGAUUGUAGACAUGUUCAACUGGCUGCUCCAGCCCUGUCUGGACUUCAUCUCCAGGAAGUGUCGUUUCCUGGUGACCACUUCCCCAAUCCAUCUGGCUAACAGCCUGAUGAGGCUUUACUCCUGUCUCCUGGACGAGAUUGCGGCUUUGGGGACCGAUGGGGUGGAGCCCAUGUCUAAUCAGCAGGUGACCAUGUGGCUGCAGGGCCUGUUCUUAUUCGCUGUUGUGUGGAGCGUGGGCGGGACUAUCAACGGGGACAGCCGCAAGCAGUUUGACGCCUUCUACAGAAACCUCAUCACGGGCAUGGACGAACUACACCCCCGACCCAGCAGUGUCAAAUUGACCAAGAAUAGCAUAUUCCCUGAGAGAGGCACUGUCUAUGACUAUUACUUCCACAAGCAGGGCACUGGACAGUGGCACACAUGGACUGAUUCCAUCUCCAACGAGGAGUCCACCAUUCCCUCUGGAGCCAAUGUAUCUGACCUGAUCAUUCCUACGAUGGAGACAGCCCGUCAGCUGUUCUUCCUACAGACCUAUCUGGCCCACGAGGUGCCCGCGCUAUUCGUGGGGCCCACUGGAACGGGCAAGUCCCUCAUAAACAACAGCUUUCUGCUCAAGCUGCCUAACAAGUGCUACACGCCCAACUGCAUCAACUUCUCGGCGCGCACCUCAGCCAACCAGACCCAGGACAUCAUCAUGGCCAAGCUGGACCGCCGGAGGAAGGGUGUGUUCGGGCCACCCGUCGGGAAAAUGUGUGUGGUCUACGUGGAUGACCUCAACAUGCCUGCCAAGGAAAUCUAUGGCGCCCAGCCGCCCAUCGAGCUGCUGAGGCAGUGGAUAGACCACCACCACUGGUACGACAAGAAGGACACUUCCAGGAUUGACAUUGUGGAUGUGCUGUUUGUAUCUGCUAUGGGGCCCCCUGGUGGGGGGAGGAAUGACAUUACAGGCCGCUUCACUCGUCAUUUGAAUAUUGUUUCAAUUGACUCCUUUGACAAUGAGACGCUGAGCAAGAUAUUCACCACCAUCACCGACUGGCAUUUUGGCAAGGGAUUUGAUGCUUCUUUCUACAGACUGGGUAAGAUCAUAGUACAGGCCACCAUGGCCGUCUAUCAGGAUGCCAUGGAGAACUUCCUGCCCACCCCUUCCAAGUCCCACUACAUCUUCAACCUCAGGGACUUUGCCAGGGUGAUCCGCGGCAUGUUGCUGAGUCCACCCACACACCUUCAGGAGGGAGACAAGCUGAUCCGCCUGUGGAUCCAUGAGAUCUACCGCGUGUUCUACGACCGCCUUAUCGACAACGAAGACCGAAAGGCGUUCUUCAACAUUGUCAAGGAGAGGACUGCUGGCUACUUCCAGCAGAGCUUGGAUAAGCUGCUGAGCCACCUAACGCCUAGCGGAAAGGUGGCAGAUGAGAACGUCCGCAGCCUGUUCUUCGGCGACUACGCCAAGCCUGAUUCGGACGCCAAGGUCUACGACGAGGUCACCGACCUCCACACUCUGACCAACGUCAUGGACUAUUACCUGGACGAGUUCAACAACGUCAGCAAAGCGCCCAUGUCUCUCGUCAUGUUCAAGUUCGCCAUCGAGCACAUCUCACGUAUCUGCCGGGUACUCAAGCAGGCCAACGGCCAUCUUCUCCUGGUGGGCAUCGGGGGCUCCGGGCGACAGAGUGCCACCAAGCUGGCCACCUUUAUCAGUGACUACGACCUGUUCCAGAUUGAGCUAACCAAGAACUACAGCGUGUCUGAGUGGCACGACGAUCUGAAGCGGUUGAUGCUUAAAGCGGGCCUGGAGGGCAAGGUCAUUGUGUUCCUGUUCAACGACAGCCAGAUCAAGGACGAGGCCUUCGUGGAGGACAUAAACAUGUUACUUAACACGGGUGACGUGCCCAACCUCUUUCCAGCCGAUGAGCGAGCUGACAUCAUCGACAAGGUGCAGGGCAUCGCCCGCAUGGAGGGCAAGAAAAUCGAUGCCACGCCGUUGUCCAUGUACAACUUUUUUAUUGAACGUGUCAAGGCCAACCUCCACAUUGUCCUCGCGAUGAGCCCGAUUGGGGAUGCCUUUCGAAACCGGUUGAGAAUGUUCCCCUCCCUCAUCAACUGCUGUACCAUUGACUGGUUCCAGGCGUGGCCCAAAGAUGCUCUAGAGAUGGUGGCCAACAAAUUCCUGGAGGAUGUAGAGCUUGAAGACAACGUCAGGUUACAGGUAGUGGAGAUGUGUAAAACCUUCCAGGAGAGCGUAAGGCAGAUGUCCGAGAGGUACUUCUCUCAACUCAGGAGACACAACUAUGUGACACCCACCUCCUUCUUGGAGCUAAUUCUCACCUACAAGGUCCUUCUCAACUCCAGGAGGACCGAGGUGGACACACAGAGAAACCGCUAUGUGUUGGGCCUGGAGAAACUACAUUUUGCUGCAUCUCAGGUGUCUAUAAUGCAGGAGGAGCUGACUGCUCUGCAACCGGAGUUGAUUCAGACAUCAGCCGAGACAGACAAAAUGAUGUUGAGCAUCGAGAAGGAGACAGUAGUGGUGGAUGCUAAGAAAGAGCUGGUGUUGGCUGACGAGAAAGUGGCCAAUGAUGCGGCUGCAGCAGCCAAAGCUAUAAAGGAUGACUGUGAGGGGGACCUUGCGGAGGCCAUGCCUGCCCUUGAGGCUGCCCUGUCAGCCUUGGACACUCUGAAACCCGCAGACAUCACAGUGGUCAAGUCCAUGCAGAACCCACCAGGCCUGGUCAAACUGGUGAUGGAAUCUAUCUGCAUCAUGAAGGGCAUCAAGCCAGAGAGGAAGCCCGACCCUGGGGGCUCAGGUAAGAUGAUUGAGGACUUCUGGGGCCCCUCAAAGAAGCUCCUCGGUGACAUGAAAUUCUUGGAGAACCUCAAAGCCUACGACAAAGACAAUAUCCCCGCUCCCAACAUCAAGAAGAUCCGUGAGAAAUUCAUUGACAACCCCGAGUUCCAGCCGUCCAUCAUCAAGAAUGUCUCGUCUGCUUGUGAAGGCCUCUGCAAAUGGGUGCGGGCCAUGGAGGUGUAUGAGCGUGUGGCUAAAGUGGUGGCCCCAAAAAAGGAGAAGCUGAAGGAGGCUGAAGACGAGCUUCGGGUGCAGAUGCAGAUGCUGUCAGUGAAGAGAGCUGAGCUGAAGGAGGUGGUGGACAAGCUCCAAAACCUGAACCACACAUUUGAGGCUAUGUGCAGCAAGAAAAAAGACCUGGAGGACAAUAUAGAACUGUGCUCCCAGAAGCUGGUCAGGGCCGAGAAGCUGAUUGGAGGCCUGGGUGGGGAGAAGGACAGAUGGACACAGGCUGCCCAGCAGCUGGCAAUCAAGUACACCAACCUGACAGGCGAUGUGCUCCUCUCCUCUGGCACUGUGUCCUACUUGGGGGCCUUUACCGUGGACUAUCGCGUGGAAUGCCAGCAGGAGUGGCAUCUCCUCUGCCAGGACAAGAACGUGCCAUGCUCUGAGGACUUCACGCUAAGCAACAUCAUGGGCAACCAGGUGUCCAUUAGGGCAUGGCAGAUUGCCGGCCUGCCCAUUGACUCCUUCUCCAUAGAUAACGCCAUCAUUGUGUCAAACUCACGCCGCUGGCCUCUCAUGAUUGACCCUCAGGGUCAAGCCAAUAAGUGGAUCAAGAACAUGGAGAAAGCCAACAAACUAGCAGUCAUCAAGCUCACAGACAGCAACUAUGUAAGGACUCUGGAGAACUGUAUUGCAUUUGGUACCCCUGUUCUGCUAGAGAAUGUUGGAGAAGAACUUGAUGCCGUAUUAGAACCAGUGUUGCUGAAGCAGACCUUCAGACAGCAAGGUGUGGAGUACAUGAAGGUUGGAGAAAACAUUGUGGAAUACUCCAAAGACUUCCUUUUUUAUAUGACCACCAGCUUAAGAAAUCCUCACUACCUCCCAGAAGUGGCGGUUAAAGUUUGUCUACUUAAUUUCAUGAUCACCCCACUUGGUUUGCAGGACCAGCUUCUGGGCAUUGUGGCAGCAAAGGAGAAACCAGAACUAGAAGAGAAAAAGAACCAGCUUAUCUUGGAUAGUGCAGCCAACAACAAGCAAUUAAAGGAGAUUGAAGACAAAAUCCUCAAAAUCCUGUCUUCCUCAGAGGGUAAUAUCCUAGAAGACGAAACAGCCAUCAAAGUCCUGUCUUCCUCCAAGGUGCUUUCUGAGGAGAUCUCAGAGAAGCAGAAGAUUGCCAACAUUACUGAGAAGGAGAUUGACGACACACGCAUGGGCUACCGGCCAGUGGCAGAACACUCCUCCAUUCUCUUCUUCUGCAUUUCAGAGCUAGCCAACAUCGAGCCCAUGUACCAGUACUCACUCACCUGGUUCAUCAAUCUUUAUUUGCAGUCCAUUGCCCAGAGCUUGAAGAGCGACACCUUGGCAACCCGCAUUAAGAACAUCGUAGAGCAUUUUACCAUCAGCAUCUAUAACAACGUAUGUCGAUCGCUCUUCGAGAAGGACAAGCUACUCUUCUCCUUGCUACUCACCGUGGGCAUCAUGCAAGGCAAGGGUCAAGUGGAUGACACCAUCUGGCGCUUCCUUCUUACCGGUGGCAUUGCCUUGGACAACCCCUACCCCAACCCGGCACCCGAAUGGCUCUCCGACAAGUCCUGGUCGGAAAUCGUAAGAGCGUCCAAGCUGCCAAACUUAGGUGGUCUCUUUGAGCACGUCCAAGACAACAUUCCUAAGUGGAAGAAGAUCUAUGAUUCUGGGAAGCCUCAUGAGGAGCAGUUGCCUGACAACUGGAGGAUGCUGGUGGGGAUGCAUCGCCUGCUGGUGCUGCGUUGCUUCAGACCGGACAAGCUGGUGCCGGCAGUGAUGGAGUUCAUUGUGGACAACAUGGGGCGCACCUUCAUCGAGCCACCCACCUUUGACCUGGCCGGAAGUUAUAAGGACUCCAACUCCUGCUCUCCGCUUAUCUUCUUGCUCUCACCAGGAUCCGACCCCACUGCAGGUCUGCUAAAGUUUGCUGAUGACCUGGAGAUGGGAGACAGUAAGACCCAGACCAUCUCCUUGGGCCAAGGCCAAGGGCCCAUUGCAGCCUUAAUGAUCAAUGCUGCUAUCAAGAAUGGCACCUGGGUGGUUUUACAGAAUUGUCAUCUGGCCACCAGUUGGAUGCCAGACCUGGAGAGAAUAUGUGAGGAGGUCAUCACCCCUGAAAACACCAACCCAACCUUCAGGUUGUGGUUAACCAGUUACCCGUCUGACAAAUUCCCGGUCAGCAUCCUACAGAACGGGGUGAAGAUGACGAAUGAGCCCCCCAAAGGGAUCAGGGCCAACCUGCUCCGUUCAUACAUCAGCGACCCCAUCUCUGACCCUGCCUUCUUUAGCAGCUCCAGAAAACAGGAGGCAUGGCAGAAGCUGCUAUUUGGUCUCUGCUUCUUUCACGCUCUAGUGCAGGAGAGGAGGACCUUUGGUCCUCUGGGUUGGAAUAUCCCAUAUGAGUUCAAUGAGUCUGACUUAAGGAUCAGUAUGAGGCAGAUCCAGAUGUUCUUGGAUGAGUAUGAGGAGAUUCCUCUGGAAGCCCUCUCCUACCUAACUGGUGAGUGUAACUAUGGUGGCAGGGUGACGGACGACAAGGACAGGCGUCUACUGCUGUCUCUAUUGUCCAUCUUCUACAACAGGGACCUGACAGAGCAAGAGGGCUACCGCGUGUGUGAGGGAGACCUGUACCAUGUCCCCCCUCACGGCCCCUACCAGACCUAUGUUGAUUACAUCCGUAAUCUACCCAUCGUGGCGGAGCCUUGCGUGUUUGGACUCCACAGCAAUGCUGACAUCACAAAGGACAACCAGGAGACCAAUCAGCUGCUGGAUGGAGUGCUGCUGACUUUGCCCAGGCAGACUGGAGGCGGGGCUAAAUCCCCUCAGGAAGUGCUUGAUGAGCUUGCGGAGGACAUUUUGUCCAAGCUGCCAGCAGACUUCGACAUCCAGAUGGUGAUUCUCAAAUACCCUGUGAUGUACGAAGAGUCCAUGAACACUGUGCUGAGGCAGGAACUGAUCCGCUUUAACAGGCUUACACAGGUGGUGCGCAUCAGUCUGAUAAACAUCAGAAAGGCACUCAAGGGACAGGUGGUGAUGUCUUCUGAGCUGGAGAGCGUCUUCAACAGCAUGGUGGUGGGCAAGGUGCCAGCCAUGUGGGCGGCCAAGUCCUACCCAUCUCUUAAGCCACUGGGCAGCUACGUGUCGGACCUCAUCACCAGGCUAAAGUUUCUACAGGACUGGAUCGACAACGGGCCACCUCCAGUCUUUUGGCUGUCAGGGUUCUACUUCACACAGUCUUUUCUCACUGGAGUAGCUCAGAACUUUGCCCGCAAGUACACAGUCCCCAUAGAUUUCAUCGGCUUUGAGUUUGAGGUGACCGAGCAAGAAACACACAUGAACGAGAAGCCCGAUGACGGCGCAUACAUAAAGGGGCUGUUCCUUGAGGGGGCACGCUGGGACCGGGAGAAGAUGGUAAUCGGAGAGUCCCUCCCCAAGAUCCUCUUCGACCCCCUACCCGUCAUCUGGCUCCGGCCAGGGGAGACGUCCAGGUUCCUGCAUGAGAACAUCUACGUGUGUCCUGUGUACAAGACCAGUGCCAGACGUGGAACCCUGUCCACCACCGGACAUUCCACCAACUACGUGCUGCCUAUUGAGCUGCCCUCAAACCAGCCGCAGAAACACUGGAUCAACCGUGGUGUGGCUUGUCUCUGCCAGUUGGAUGACUAGGCAGAAACAGACACCUUGCAGGGUGUCACAUAAAACGAAACACAAAUAGCCAAUGCAGUCUUUUAAAAGUAAUAUUAAAAAACCAACAUGUAUGCUGGGCAUUUGCCACUCGAUUUCUUUAUAUUUGAGGAGAUUGCAAAGGCAGUCACCGAGGUUGUUCCCCUAAACCGGUUUACAUUAGUUGCACAAAUGGUGUGUUUAGAUGUGUGUUUCAUGAUCUACAUCUCGAUCAUAGCAUUGUUUUGGUCAUACAUGAAAUCUUAUCUCCUCAUGAUCUUUCAUUUAACCUCCUAAGACCUGCGCUUUGGUGCAGGAAGCCUAAA